GAUGCGUUCGAAACGGCUUCGAUCUGGCGGAAUGGUCACACCGCCCAAACGCACUUCUCUCAGGUGGCCCGGGAUCCCCGCUUUACUCUGGGCCGGAUCAACAACCCCUCGAAGCUCCCGGCCGCUCCGGCGACGGCCCGGCGGUCGCCUUCCUCCUCCCACUUCGACCAAGAUGACCAGAUCCACGAACGCGGGCAACGGUUCCUCCUCUUCUUUUAGCUAAUCGUCACAUCACAGAUUUCAGUGUUUCACGCACAAUGGAUGGGCAGAGCAGAAAGCACAGGAUUUUGAUGGUGUCUGACUUUUUCUUUCCAAACUUUGGCGGUGUGGAGAGCCACAUCUAUUAUCUAUCGCAGUGCCUCCUUAAGCUUGGCCAUAAGGUUGUUGUCAUGACACAUGCAUAUGGAAAACGUUCUGGAGUACGAUAUGUUACUGGCGGUUUGAAGGUUUAUUAUGUGCCAUGGAGGCCAUUCCUGAUGCAGAAUACACUACCUACAUUAUUCAUGACAUUUCCAAUUAUAAGGACCAUUCUUAUUCGUGAGAAGAUAUCUGUUGUGCAUGGACAUCAGGCCUUUUCAACAAUGUGCCAUGAAGCAUUGAUGCAUGCUAGGACGAUGGGGUACAAAGUUGUCUUCACAGACCACUCGCUUUAUGGUUUUGCCGAUGUUGGAAGCAUUCACAUGAAUAAGGUGCUGCAGUUUACUCUUGCAGAUAUUGAUCAGGCCAUAUGUGUAUCUCACACAAGCAAAGAGAACACUGUCUUGAGGUCAGGGAUAUCUCCAGAGAAGGUUUUCAUGGUUCCUAAUGCAGUGGAUAGUGCAAUGUUUACUCCCUCCCCGGACCGCCUAAGCUGUGAUGAAAUCAUUAUUGUUGUGAUAAGUAGAUUAGUAUAUCGAAAAGGUGCUGACCUUCUUGUUGAAGUCAUUCCAGAAGUAUGCCGUCUAUUUCCAAAGGUUCGCUUUAUUGUUGGAGGCGAUGGUCCAAAACGUGUGCGACUUGAAGAGAUGAGGGAGAAGUUCUCCCUUCAGGAUAGAGUUGAGAUGUUAGGGGCUGUCCCUCAUGCUCAAGUACGAUCUGUUCUGAUAUCUGGUCAUAUAUUUCUCAACAGUUCGCUUACAGAAGCAUUCUGCAUAGCCAUUCUGGAAGCAGCAAGCUGUGGGCUGUUGACAGUAAGCACUAGAGUCGGAGGGGUUCCAGAGGUUCUACCAGAUGGCAUGAUAGUGCUUGCAGAACCAGAUCCAGAAGAUAUGGUACGAGCUAUCAGGCAAGCUAUCGACAUACUUCCUGGUAUAGAUCCCCAAAUUAUGCAUCGUCGGAUGAAAAAACUCUAUAGUUGGGAUGAUGUGGCCAAAAGAACAGAGAUUGUCUACGAUCGUGCAGUGCACUCAUCAAAUACCAAUUUGCUAGAUCGCCUUCCCCGAUACCUCACAUGUGGAGCUUGGGCAGGGAAACUGUUUUGCCUCGUCAUGAUCAUAAAUUACCUUGUGUGGUGCCUUCUAGAAUUCCUCCAGCCUGCUGAAGGUAUUGAAGAGGUCCCAGACAUAGGGCCACUGCACAUUCAUUUGGAUUCAGCGGAUGACCAGUGUGAACCGCAAGGAACUUGAACUUAUUUUCCAACCUUUGUGACAUUGAUCAUGUAGGAGGUCAUCAGUCAUGGUAUGUAUGUUGGACUGGCUCCCACUCCGGAAUUUAUUUCGGUGUUUCCGUGACCUGCAACGACUGUUCUGAGAACAUGUCUAACAUGAAUGAGAUUGCUGAUACCGAGGUGGUCCGAACAAUGAAAUCAUUUUGUCACACCGAAUACGGGAAUUUACAGUCGUGCUACAUAAAGCCAAUGGUGUGAGUGGUAAUGUCCUUGCCAACUUCCUGUGUGAUGUAAUUGUAUGGUCCACUAAUAUUUCGUUUGAACUGUCUCUUGCGCCAAUCCUUGGACGCCAGCUGCUUCUUGGUGCUAGUUUCGACUACAAGAUAUUACGGUCUUUGAUAUUGAUUUGGUGUCUCGACUGGGAACACAAUAUUGGAUGAUAAAUUUUGGAGAUAGUUGGCAUAAAAUUUUUGAA